ACUGUGGGAAGGCCUUCAGAAAAUAUGGACACCACAGGACACACAGCCAGAAAAAGCCAUAUAAGUGCUGGAAGUAAUGGCAAGGCCUUCAGGAAAAAAAGGUGCCUCAUCCACCAUGAGAAGACACACACUGCAGAGAAGCUGCACUCGUGUGGGGACUGGCAAAGACUUCAUCCACUAAUGUAGUCUCAAUGUGCAUCAGAUGAUGCAUAUUAGGGAAAAGCCUUAUGUGUGUGGUGACUGGAAAAGCAUUCAGCUUGAAAUCUAGCCUGCUUGUGCAUAAAAGGCCACACAGAGGGUAGACACCAUAGGUGUGUGGGGACUGCGGCUGGUCCUUCAGAGUGAACAAGAACCUUGUUGAGCAUCAGAGGAUGCACAAUUGGCAGAUGCCGUAUGUGGGCAAGGACUCCAGUCAGGCCUUCAGAGAGAAUAGGUGCUUCAUCGAGCAUCACAAGAUGCAUACCUGGUAGGAGGUAUACAUAUGCAGGGAUUGUGGCAAGGUCUUCAGCAGAACAGGAACCUCACUGAGCAUCAAAGAAUGCAGAUUUCAUCUCUGGCUGCCUGCCAUGUCCAGGUCACCCUAGGCACUGGAAGGAUGGUCACCCAUGUGCCAACCAAGGAGUCCCUGGGGUCAGUGGCAUUCAGGGAUGUGAUUGUGGACUUCACCCAGGAGGAGUGGCAGCAGCUGAAGCCUGCACAGAAGGACCUGUACAGGGAUGUGAUGAUGGAGACCUACUGGAACCUGGUCUCGCUGGACUUGGAGACUGAAGGGGACGUGAAUGAACCUGACCCACAGAAGGACUCUUGGGAAGACAGAACAUCCAUUGUGGUGGUGGAAGGACUUAUGAGGAAUGGAGCCCAGGAUUAUGCCUGUGGAAAAGCAGGGAUACAGGGAGACAGGGUGGGGCAUCUACAGAGGAGCACAGGGAUCUGUAUGGAGCAUUUGGACAUGUCCCAAGUGUUAGCCACUGAAUGUUGUGCAUUUAAAGCAUUCAUCCACCAGAGCCCCAUGUCAGCCUCACCAAGAGGAGUGGGGAUGCACCCAUUCACCAUAUGUGGGAAGAACUCAGGUACUUCCAGCCUCAGUCCUCCCUCCCAACUUUGUGCAGAGAAGACAUACAAGUGCGGACACUGUGACAAGGGUUUCAGCUAUAGUUCAUCCCUGGGGAAACACCAACAAAUCCACACUGGGGAGAAGCCAUAUAUGUGUGGGGUGUGCAGCAAGUCCUUUAGCCAGGAGGAUAACCUCAUCCUACACCAGAGGACGCACACCAGGGAGAAGCCAUAUGUGUGCAGGGAGUGCGGCAAGGCAUUCAGAUGGAAUAGUCACUUCAUCAAGCAUCUGAGCAUGCACUCCGGGGAGAUGCAGUACAUGUGUGGGGAUUGUGGCAAGGCCUUCAGGAAGAGAAAGUACCUUGUCCAGCAUGAGAGGACACACACUGGGGAGAAGCCAUAUGUGUGUGUGGACUGUGGGAAAGCAUUCAGUAAGAAAUCAAGCCUCAAUUUGCAUCAGCAGAUGCACACCGGGGAGAAGCCAUAUUCAUGUGGGGAUUGUGGUAAGGCCUUCACACAGAAAUCAAACCUAUGUGUGCAUCAAAGGACACACACUGGGGAGAAGCCUUAUGUGUGCAGGGUCUGUGGUAAGGCCUUCAGAGAGAAUAGGCACCUCAUCGAGCAUCAGAGGUUGCACACUGGAGAGAAGCCAUACGUGUGCGGGGACUGCGGCAAAGUCUUCAGCAGGAAAUCGACUCAGUAUGCCCAUCAAAGGACACACACCAGAGAGAAGCCAUAUGUGUGUGAGGAUUGUGGCAAGGGCUUCAGGAAGAAAAAGUACCUCCUACUGCAUGAGGGUACACACACUGGGAAGAAGCCAUAUGUGUGCGGGGACUGUGGCAAGGCUUUCACUGCGAAUGGCAGCCUCAUGGUGCAUCAGAGGAUGCACACUGGGGAGAAGCCUUACACGUGCAGUGACUGCGACAAGGCCUUCAGUCGGAGAAGGUACCUCAUCCUGCAUGAGAUGACACACACUGGGCAGAAGCCAUACUCCUGUGGGGACUGCAGCAAAGCCUUCAGCCAGAAAUGGAGCCUCUAUGUGCAUCAGAGGACACACAGUGGGGAGAAGCCGUACACGUGCGGUGUCUGCAGCAAGGCCUUCAGCCAAAAAUCGAACCUGAUUGUGCAUCAAAGGACGCAUAGCAAGGAGAAGACAUGCAUGUGAGAGGAGUGCGACAAGGCAGUUCACAAGAACUCUUUUCAGGCAGCACAAGCACCAGCCCCAGGUAGUAGCGCUGCCAGUGCUCCAUCUGAGAGAAGGACUUCAAUACACACUCAUCCCUGCAGAAUAUCCUGCCCAGUCCCCCUGUGGAGAAGUUUUUAAGUGCAGCCAGUGCAGGAAAGCCUUCAUCAGGAACUUCCCCUGCACCACCCCCCCAAUCCACAGGAGGAUCGUGUGGAAGACAAGCCCUACCAGGGUGGCAAGUGCAGGAAAACGUUCAGCAGGAAUUUCUACCUCACGUGACACAUAGCAGGGAAUUGGGGGAUCUUAGAAUCCAUACCUGACUGGUAGGUCCUGAGCCCAUGGGCCAGCACCAGACUUGAUAUUGGAGCCCACGGGUGGGAUGCAAGAGAAAUCCUGACCAGACUUGUCUUAGGAAUAUGGGUGGUGAGGACAGGCCACGGAAUUCUCAACAUUUGCUUCCCCAGCAGCUGCAGGACCUGGUGCAAAGCAAGCCUCCCUACAGGUACAGUAUCUGGGAGGGUGGCUAGUGGCACUGUGUCUCUGGUCUUCAUCUCCUGUAGAGUAAAACAGAGGUGAGGAAAGAGAAAGGAAGGCGUGGGAGUGGGUCCAUGGGGGCAUUGUUACUUUGUGACAAGUGCCUGGAUCUUGUCUAGAGGUCAGGUUGUCACAUCUGUGCCUGUCCUCAUUUACCCCACACCCAGCCCCCAGGUUCCCUGCAACAGCAGAAGGUGCCAAGUUUUGUAUGAGGGGAAGAAACAUUUUUCUUGGCAUCUGAAUUAAUAAUAAUUGCAUCAGAAGGCAUAGUUUCUCUUAAGGGUCUGUUAAUUUUUUUUUAAAUAGAAGUUUACAUUAAAGGAGACCAAUGUCAUUUUAAACAAUCAUAAGGUGCAAUAGGUACAUGUACAAGUUAUCCUACCAAAAUAAGUGUGAACGCUUAGGGGGAGGGGAUCCAAAUACCCGCCAGGAGCCCCAGGAACCCAGGAACCCAGCAAGCCUGCCCAAGGUAUGAAGCCAUCUGCCCCUCCCAGCCUGGCAUUCUUGGCUUGGGAAUGGUCAGACCAGGUGGCAGGGCCCAGACCUUCAGUAGCAGAGAUGGGGAAAGUGGCUGUUCUGCUGAAACCCACCCUUUUAGUCCCCUCCCUGCAGGGCUAUUUGUUACAGGAGAAAAAUCCUCUCUCACAUGACAGAUUGUCCUGACCACCCCCCCCCCCCUUCCCUGCCCCGCGCAACCAGAAUUCCUGUGAAAAUAAAGUGCCUUCAGUCAGGCAGGGGCAUUAUCUUGUCUGUGCCUCACCCACAGCCUAGGUCAUGGUGUACUUAAUAUCUCAUUAUUGAUGUUGAUAGCGACCUAUUACCAAUAAUAAAUAGCAAACAAUAUAA